AACAGCCAUCGACUGUCUCCAUUUUCUUUGUCGCUUUGUUGCGCCUGUGUGGUAUUCGAAAAUUCUGUGAUCAUAAACCGAAUAAUUACGCAGAGAAAAUGGAGAUGUCCUUAAAUCCCGUGCGCGUGCUCAAGAAUGAGGCGCAGGAGGAGAAGGCCGAGAUGGCCCGUCUGUCCUCGUUCAUUGGCGCCAUCGCCAUUGGUGAUCUGGUGAAGAGUACGCUGGGUCCGAAGGGUAUGGACAAGAUCCUGGUGGCCACCGGACGCAACGCCGGUCAGGUUGAGGUGACCAACGAUGGUGCCACCAUUCUGCGUGCCGUCGGUGUGGACAAUCCGGCCGCCAAGAUUCUGGUCGAUAUGUCGCGUGUGCAGGACGAGGAAGUGGGCGAUGGCACCACCUCGGUCACCGUUCUGGCCUCGGAGCUGCUGCGCGAGGCGGAGAAACUAGUCGAACAGAAACUGCACCCACAGAUCAUCGUCUCUGGCUGGCGUCAGGCCACCCAGGUGGCACUGGAGGCGCUCACCGCCGCCGCUCAGGACAACUCGUCCAAUAACGAGAAGUUCCGCAACGACCUGCUGAACAUUGCCCGCACCACGCUCUCCUCGAAGAUCCUGCACCAGCACAAGGACUUCUUCGCCAAUCUGGCUGUGGAUGCCGUGAUGCGUCUGAAGGGCUCCGGUGAGCUCAAGUCCAUACAGAUCAUCAAGAAGUCGGGCGGCACUCUGGGAGACUCCUUCCUGGACGAGGGCUUCCUGCUGGACAAGAAGCCCGGCGUGCACCAGCCACAGCGUAUUGAGAAUGCCAGAAUCCUGAUUGCCAACACGCCCAUGGACACCGAUAAGAUUAAGGUGUUCGGCAGCAGCAUCAAGGUCGAUUCGCUGGCCAAGAUCGCCGACCUGGAGAUGGCCGAGAAGGAGAAGAUGAAGGAAAAGGUGGACAAGAUCCUGAAGCACAAGUGCAACGUGUUCAUCAACCGGCAAUUGAUCUACAACUAUCCGGAGCAGCUGUUUGCUGAUGCCCAUGUGAUGUCCAUCGAGCAUGCCGAUUUCGAUGGCAUCGAGCGUUUGGCCUAUUGCACCGGCGGCGAGAUUGUCUCCACCUUUGAGAAUCCCUCGCUGGUGAAGCUUGGCGAAUGCGAUGUCAUCGAACAGGUGAUGAUCGGUGAGGAUACGCUGAUGCGUUUCAGCGGCGUGAAGCUGGGCGAGGCCUGCACCAUCGUGAUCCGCGGUGCUACCCAACAGAUUUUGGACGAGGCUGAUCGUUCCCUGCACGACGCCCUCUGCGUGCUGGCAGCCACCAUCAAGGAGUCGCGCAUCAUUUACGGCGGCGGCUGCUCCGAGGCUCUAAUGGCCACCGCCGUGCUGAAGAAGGCGGCCGAGACACCCGGCAAGGAGGCCAUCGCCAUCGAGGCCUUUGCCCGCGCUCUGCUGUCCCUGCCCACGGCCAUUGCCGACAAUGCUGGCUACGAUUCAGCCCAACUGGUUUCGGAGCUGCGCGCCGGCCACGCCAUGGGCAAUAAGACUCUGGGUCUGGACAUGGAGCUGGGCAAGGUGGCCGAUGUCCGUGAACUGGGCAUCACCGAGUCGUUCGCCGUCAAGCGCCAAGUUCUGAUGUCCGCCUCCGAGGCUGCCGAGAUGAUCCUGCGCGUGGACAACAUCAUUCGCUGCGCUCCACGCCGACGCGUUCCCGACAGGGGCUACUGCUAGGCGCUUAAGUAUUCUUGUUCUAGGAUCCUAUUUUUUUUAAUUAUGAACUCUCGUUUACCAUCAUCGCUAACCUUACACGUUCUGUUUACACUAAUAACCCACACACAACACAUUAGCAAUUAUAUCACACGCCCCACUCUCAAAGUCGCACACUUACUCGCUAAAUUUGUCCCCGUCGUGUAAUCCUUCUAAUUAAUUGUGAAACAAAUUGAUGUGUUGCAAGCUGAGCUUUUGAUUCGAGGAUGAGUGCGAUCAAACCAAAACAUUUCAAAAAUGUCUAAAACUCCAUCAAAACCAACAACUAAACGAACUUGUAAAUGAAUACAUUUGUUGUAAACAUUUGAUGUGCGCAAAUUGAAGACCAUUAAACAGAAAAAAAAAGGAAUAAAUGAUAAAUCAUAUAUUUAUGCUUAACAAAACUAAA